ACUAUCAGGCAAUGUAACUCCUCGUCUGGCCAUGACAGCCAACCUGCUCUGACUCACGGAGGGCAAACUUCUCCCACUCUUUCCAGCACUUUCUAGUUUACUCUUCUUGACACUCUGUAGAGCUGACUGACAACAUCCUAUUCCAAACCUAACAAGGAACCUUUUCUGCUUCACUUCAUCUCUUUUUGUUUUCAUCUCUGACUAGUCUACAAUUAUAGACAGAGGUUGGACUUAAGGAUUUUUUACUUUUCUUUUUUUUUAUUCCCCUGGUGGUGUGUAUGUACAUGAGUGUGUUUUAGUGUCUGUAUGUCAGUAUGCCAUGUCGUCCCCUGGCUCGUCGUUUGUGCAGAUAAAGCAUGAGGAUUUGCUUUUCUAUGAAAACUGUGGAGGAGGUAGCUUUGGGAGCGUCUACAGGGCCCUCUGGAUAUCCCAAGACAAAGAGGUGGCCGUGAAGAAGCUUCUCAAGAUCGACAAAGAGGCUGAGAUUCUCAGUGUACUGAGUCAUAAGAACAUCAUUCAGUUUUAUGGAGCCGUGCUGGAAUCUCCCAACUAUGGCAUUGUCACAGAAUAUGCAAGUGGAGGCUCUCUGUAUGAGUACAUUUCAAGUGAGCAGAGUGAAGAAAUGGACAUGGAGCAGAUAAUGACAUGGGCCAUACAAAUAGCCAAAGGGAUGCAUUACCUCCACGCAGAAGCUCCAGUCAAAGUGAUACACAGAGACCUCAAGUCACGAAAUGUGGUAUUGACUGGAGAUAAAGUGCUAAAGAUAUGUGACUUUGGAGCAUCUAAGUUUUUAUCUCACACCACCCAUAUGACUGUAGUGGGCACUUUUCCCUGGAUGGCUCCUGAAGUUAUCCAGAGUCUGCCUGUCUCUGAGACUUGUGACACUUAUUCAUACGGCGUGGUGCUAUGGGAGAUGCUGACUCGGGAAGUUCCUUUCAAAGGUUUCGAGGGACUGCAAGUUGCAUGGCUGGUGGUGGAAAAGCAAGAGAGACUAACCAUUCCCACCAGCUGCCCUGCAAGUUUUGCUGAGUUGAUGAGGAAAUGUUGGCAGGCAGAUCCAAAGGAAAGACCACAAUUCAAGCAGUUGUUACUAACCUUGGAGUCCAUGGCAAAUGACAGCAGGCUGCCAGACCAGUGCAACUCUUUUCUACAUAAUAAGGACCAGUGGAGAUGUGAAAUCGAAUCAACCCUUGAGCGCCUUCGAAAGCUGGAGCGGGAGCUGUACUCCAAAGAGAAAGAGUUGGAGGAGAGGGAGAGGAGGCUAAGACUGUGGGAGGAGAGGCUGAUGGAGAGGUCCAACAUGACACCCAGCCCAACCUCUCUACUCAUGGACCGCUCAAACAUUUCACCAUUCUUCACACCUAUGACCAUCGGUUCCUCUGGCUCUUUCUUUCGCUCACACUCCCAGGACUCCAACAGCCUAAGCAGCGCAGGGGUUAGUAGCGCUGGUGUCAGCUGUCUCCUCCGCACGCUCAGCAAUGGAGACACAGAACGAGGAAGCAGCGCUGUGCUGGAGAGAGGGGUCGGUUCACUCGACAGCGGCAGACUGCAUGUCAUGCUGCGAGGUUUACAGGGAAGGUUUGAAGAUGAUGAGGAAGAUGAAGGAACUGUUGAGGAGAAAGAUUGGGGACAUAAGGAACACAAUGAUAGUGGGAGUCUAGAGGGAGGAAGAGUUCAGGUAACACUCAGGAGCUUCCCAGGAGGUGUUGUUGAGAGGAAGGAGAGGACCUGGGAAGAAGGCGACAGAGAGAGAGGAGGCAUGCAGAGAAGCAGAGUGACCACCAUAGUCCGAGGAUAUUCAGGAGGAUAUGGGGAGGCAGAGGGGGAGAGAGAGAAGGAAGUAGGGUGGGAGAUUGAAAAACUAGGGGACAAGCUAGAGGAUAGAGGGGUGGAAGGAGGGCUCGAAGGAAACAGGCUCCCAUCAAUGUUUAAAGGUCUCAGAGGAAGUUUUGGUAGCCUGGGGGAUAUGCUGUCCUUAGAUAUGGAGGAAAUGGGGGAGAUGGACAGAAUUGGCGACAUGGACAUGAACAUGAAUAUGGGCGACCUGGGAGUGAUGAAAGUGGUGGGUCAGGGUGUCAGGAGUGAAUUGGGCGUCAGGGGUCACCGAAGUGACGUGGGGGUUGUGGUCCAGGGAGUAAGGGGCGACCUCAGUGAUGCCAUCAGUCAGAAGAUAAGAGGUGAAGUGGGUGUCAUUGGUCACUCUGGGAUGCAGGUGAGCAUGCGGGCAUCUUCUAAUCAGAACUCUGUGAAGAGCUGCAGCGUGCGACAUGGAACAAAGAUCAACAUGGCAACAGCUGCCAUGGACAUGAUGGAACUUGACUGGUCCGAUAGUGACUAGGAAACACAUGGGUAGAUACAUUCACAGCAAGCAAAUAUGGAAAAAUGGUUUAACUUCCUCACACAGGCAGCAUUUGAACUACAGAUUGUGUCACAGUGUUCAGGUGAGGCAGACUUUAAUCAUUUUAAAUGAACAAUACACCCAUGUGAUUUGAUAGAUAGCAGAGUAAUCCAAACCCCUUUCAGACAAAAUCUCUUUAAAAGGAAAGGCCAUUAAUGUUGGUCAGUGUUUCAAACAACGGUCACUCUAACAUCUACAGUA